CACUGCAUAGCUCAUCCAUUUACAUCUGGAUCUCAAAGUGUGGGAAACACGCAUAAACACAGCACCACUAAGGAGUAGACUGCCCUGCCCAAUCGUCUCCCCGGCAAGCGGAGGACCGAGGGCGGUACUGUGAGCUGGUCUCCCCCCUGCUGUCGUCACAGCAGCCUUUUAUAAACACAUUGUGCCUUUUUUUUGCCCGCCGCCGCUAGCUGGACCACCGACUCUUGAAGCUCACGCUGCCCAUGACUAACCUUCUCAGGAUAUACAGCUGUUAUUAACAUAACAAAGAUGGCUACGGAAAACUUUGAGAUGAACGGGGAUGCUGACCGAAACGGGGAGACUGAGGUCCCGCUGCGGGGUACUGGGAGGAGGAAUGAGAGACCUCUGAACAUGAACCAUUACGCCAAUAAGAAGAGCGCAGCAGAGAGCAUGCUGGAUGUGGCUCUACUGAUGGCUAAUGCCUCACAGCUGAAAACGGUGCUGGAGCAAGGAUCAAACUUCUAUGUGGCCCUCGUAACUCUCAUUAGCAUCUCCCUCAUCCUACAAAUCAUAGUGGGAGUUAUGCUCAUUUUUAUAGUUAAGUGGAACUUGAAUGACGAAAGCAUGCACUACAAGUUGAACAUCUUGGAAAACAUUGCCACAGCCUUCGUCUUUAUCAUAGUCGUGGUCAAUGUCUUCAUCACAGCCUUCGGUGUCCAGCAGCCCCCCCAGAGUGCUUGACCCUCCUUCUUCACGAUGCUCACUGAUCAACGCAGUCAAGACGGACCUCCAUUACAGUUUUUGCGCACAUGGACCAGAUAUUCAUUCACUAAACUAAGUGGCUCGAAAAACAUGCUUUUGUUCUGUAAUUCGACCUGCCAGGCUGGAGGAGACCAAACACACACUGAGGAUCGAGUGACAUUGUCUGCUGUGUAAGAAGCGGAUGGAUGAACCUAAUCUGGUCCUUUGAUGUGUGUUCGUUAGAGGGCUUCCUUUCUCUAACCAUGGCUACAGACAACUUAUUUGUGGUCAGUUUUUAUAUCAUACGGCAGUUACCUCCUAUCAUGCUCAGGUUACUGAUGCAAAUAAAUGACGGCCUUUACUUAUAAAAUAAACAUAUCAGGACAAAUACUGUAUGUCAGUCAACAUUAUUGUGAAAUGUGUCCUGAGGAAAAACAAAUUCUGUUUGUAUCUCUCAGCUUAAGCCAAAUGUAUUCCUACAUACUGUUUAGAAAAAAAGACUCACCCAGCUUAACCCCAAAACAGAAUUUGUUUGUACUCAACGAGGUCUGCAGAAGCUUUUCUCUACUUGCAUGUUGCAGCUAAUGAUUUACAAAGAAUGCCACAAUCAUGGGUGCAUCAGGAGCAUUCUUUACAUCAUUACAUGACAUAAUAGCUUUAUUACUGGAGCAUAUUAUUGGUGUUUACAGUGUUUUAAAGCUCUGCCGAUUGAUGAAGUGGACCUAAAACUUAUUUUUAAUGUGCUAUGCAGUCUAGUAUGUGUUUAAAUUGAUUUAUAUGUACAUAUUAGUUACUGCCUGUGUCUGUUCACUGAAAUAUAUCUUGUGUACUGUGGUUAAUUUUUAAGCUUUUUUAUGUCAUUUUUAUAAGGACAAAAAAUGUUUCAGCUUUUACUAUAUGAUCUUGUAUUACACACUGUGACUGUUUAUAAACAACAAAGGUGAUACGA